CGGAGCGAGCUUUAUUCAAUCUCCGUCCGACCAAUCGUGCAGACUGUGGAUCACUGUGCUGUGUGUUCUUAGUGGUGCGGUCACGUGUAAUGCCUAGAAGGUGCCACCCUCCUCGUGCCAACUCGGAAAACAACGACCACUACUACUAGCAAGGUGCUGCACAGAGCUAGACGACGCGAACGAAAGGUUGCUUGCUGCAUCCAAUUGCAGAAGUGCAGCAUCGGCAUCAUCAUCAUCAUUAUUGUAGUGCAGGCAGUGGUUUUGCGCCAACUGGAUUUUCAAGUUCAAGAAGUUGCACCCUCCGGAAAGAGAAGGGCAUUCGGCUCGAAGCAGAUGAGAAAAUCUCAUUGUCAUCGGAACGGUACGAAAUUUCCAUUGAAAGUUGAAGAAAAAGUGUUGUGCUCAUAGUUGUGUUCCGACCGUUGAAGAAGAACCAAGUGCAUUUUUCGUUCUCUGUGAAACCGUAGAAUCAGUAGUGAUCUCCGCGAUGUCCAUCAAGCGUAACGACAAAGACUUCCCCUACAUCGAUCUGGGAAAUGGGUUCAUGAUCUACGUUCAGGCUGAAGAGUACACGGAUCCUGCCCUGAAGGCGAAGGCCGAAAAGGAACUCAACGAAACUCCGGAAAACGUAGAAAAAUCCCUCUCGGAGCUUCGAACCCUCCUGAAGACAGACAAGGACCUCUUCGUCCCGGUGGAAAAUGAUCCAUACCUGAUAACGUUCCUCCGAGCCAAUCAGUACAUUCCGCAGAAGACGUUCCAGAUGAUCCAGAACGCGUACCGGUUGAAGUCCAAGAGCAAGGAGUACUACGAGAACACUCCGAACCCCAGCUCGAUCCGGCACGUGUUCGACGAGGGGAUGAUUUGGUUCAUGCCGGAACGGGACGCCAACGAUGGAGCGGCGAUUUGCGUGGUGGAGGUUGGAAAAAAAUGGAACACAGCGAAGGUGUCGAUCAUCGAACUGAUCGCCGCUAUCCGCAUUUGCGUCGAGUGCGCCCUACUUGAUCCGGAAACUCAGCUGCAUGGAAUCAAGGUCAUCUUCGAUACGGAAGGACUCUCGAUGUCCCAAAUCGCCCAGAAUACCCCCAAACACGCCUGCAUGAUUCUAGACUGGGUCCAGAAGUCCUGUCCAUUCCGGUUACGAGGCGUCCACGUGGUCAACAAUUCGAUGUUGUUCAACAUCCUGUUUGCAAUUUUCAAACCUUUUAUUUCGAAAGAACUACGCGAAAAGCUCUUCUUCCACAACAAAGACUGGAAAUCUCUUACGAAGCAGAUUAGCCCCAGCUGCUUGCGACCCAAAUACGGCGGAACGUUGGCAGCUCCCGAGUACGAAGGUCAACUGCUUGGCGAUUUCAUGCAGCUCUACGACAAACAUUUCGACACCCUCGACGCGUACGGAUAUGUGGAUGGUGCCGGUCAACGGAGAUCUAAGUAGACGCUGGUUCGAUUACUCUGUUGCAUAGCAACAUUGCGCCUCAUUUGCCAGCAGCAGCCCACUUUGAUGAUUCUUAAUGGUUGGUAAGCCCUCCGGUGUAUUGCCGUUCGGACGCGUCGAUGCCUUGUGACAAACUAUAACAGUGAUAAUCAAAACAUACAUGUAUUUAUUUAUUUGAAAUCAUCAGUUGAAAAUCUUUUUUCCUUUGUUUGGUAAUUAAAAAUAAAACACUUAAAAACUGGUUA